GAGUAUCUUAUAAAAUGUGAUAUUUAAUUUAAAUUUCACAAUUUCUCUUCAGUAGUAGAAUAAUUCCAAUAAAGCAAAAAAUUAUCAUUUAUGGCUUCAAUUCAUUGUGUUAAUGGAAUUUACUGGUAGUUCAGGAUUUAAAUAUUUUUGAAUAUUUUCAAUCGAAAAAUAUUUGACAUUUCAAAUGAUACAGACAUACAAUAAACGUAAAAAUAAACUAGAAUUUAAAAUUUUAUUCAUUAACUUAUUAAAUGAAUAAAAUGCAUUUUAAAAUAGCAUUGUUUGGAAAUUGGAAGAUAAUGUAGGAAAAAGAACUGAGUUAGAGAGAGAGAGAGUGAAAAGGCAACUAAUUUUCUACAAAAAGUAAAUAAAUUUCGAAAAAAUGAAGUUAGUAGUUAAGAACAAUUUUAAAAUUCUUAUGCCAUGUUCUAUAUUCUAAAAUCAUUAGAAUGUCUUUCAGUAUUUUCUUUAUCAAAACCACAAAAAGAAUUUGUAUGAUAUUCUAAUGAUCUUCAUACUUAGAAUGCUAAUUAACCUGAGUGGUUGUGGAAAGGUGGAUAGUGCCAAUUUUGAAUUGCUUAAAGUACUGGGAACAGGAGCUUAUGGCAAAGUCUUUUUGGUUCGUAAACUUGGAGGGCACGAUCAUCGAAAAUUGUAUGCAAUGAAGGUGUUGAAGAAGGCGUCUAUUGUGCAAAAGCAAAAGACGUUGGAACACACAAAAACGGAGAGACAAGUUUUGGAAACAAUAAGACAGUCACCUUUUCUAGUUACUCUGCAUUAUGCCUUUCAAACUGAUGCACAAUUGCACCUUAUUCUUGGUAAGUAUAUUUUAUAUUUCUCUAGUAUGUGUACUUAAAAUCAUUUUUUUUAUUCUGAAGGGAGAUUUAUUUCUUAAUAAAGUGUAGAAAUUUCAAAUAGAUUAACCCAAAUCAGAACUAACAUUAUUUAUUUGACUGCUAACAACUUUAUUGUGAUGAAAUAAAGCUUAAACAUGUCAACACUAUUAAUCCUGAAAAUAAAUUAUUAUCCAUCAACAAAUGUUAAUUUACAAAUAGAAAAAAACACCUGCAUAUCAUGUCUUAAGCUGGUAGUAUCCAGCCAUAAAUAUUGAGAAACCACCUGUUUUUUUCUAAUGCCUUGUGUAAUUUUUUUAAUCACUUGUGAUUACAAAAUAAUGAAUAUUUCACUUUAGUCAUAUUCUGAAAUAUU